AUGAAUUACGAAGAUUCCACAGGAACAAUACACAGUCAGAUAUACAGUCCAUCCGUUUAUCUGUGGAUUUACUACAAUCUGGAUCAAGAAGAUUUCAUUUGAUCGGAAGAAGAGGAUUUAAUUGUUAAGUGAUGCCGUCUACAGCAGUUAUACUUCAAAUGCGAUUAGCUGUUGUUCUCUGUUGCGUUUUCCCAACAUACAGCAACAUCAGACAGUUCUAUUGGAUUAAGAAUUCCACAUAUGAUGACGUUACAAUCACUGACAAGGUGAUAUAUUCUGUAAAUGACGUCAGAUCGGAAAUGAUUUGCACGAUUAAAUGCGCAGACGACCAAGUCUGCAUUUCGUUUUCGUACAAUUAUUUGGAUCUAGCCUGUCAUCUGCAUUCAGCGCGAUUCACCAAUGGCGCAAGUUAUCUACCUUCACCAGGGUGGCGACAUUUUUCUUCUAUCCCAGGACACUGCCCGACGGAAGAUGGCUACGUUCUCCUACUAGAUCUUAACCUCUGCUUCAUCGCCAAAACCUCGUACCUGAAAUGGCGUGAUGCACGUGACGCCUGCAUCCAGAUGGGUUCAAAAUUAAUUGUAUUGGACUCAGCGGACAAAAAUGCAGCCGUUAGUGAUUAUAUCAAUAUACACGAAGUAGAUUAUUGGAAAACAUUCUGGAUUGGCUUGACAGAUGAAGCUACUGAAGGGGAGUUUGUCUGGGAGAACGGGAACCGGCUUGACUUCACUGCGUGGAGAUACGGUCAGCCAGAUGACGGGUUGGGUGGAGAGGAUUUCGUCGGCCUCUCUGUCGAUAGUGGCGUCUGGAACGACUUGAAGUCCUACAACACAUACAGCUACAUUUGCGAGCGAACCAUAUGAUGGUUGCCAGGACUACUAACGUUUAUUGCAUAAACUGUCACAUCUAUAGUUCUCGUACUGUCUCCUAAUAAAACUAAAUUGCAUGGGACACUAUUUGAAAUGUUUAGGUAAACUAACGUAUAUUUCAUAAACUCAAAUCCACAAAUGCGUAACGAUUGGCAGUACCGUUAAUAUUGUAUAACUCAGUUUACAGUGAUAUAAAUGGAAAUUACGAUGUGGUGUU